AAAGAGAUAAAAUCCGCAAAAAAAAAAAAAAAAAGAUUUUAAGAAAAAAAGCCUCCGCCCCAAAAAAAAAAAAAAAAAUUCGAGAAGAGAAGAAAAAAGAAGAAAACUCCCCGGAACCACUCGCCGGCCGACGAUCUGUCUCCACCGGUGAAUGGAAGCUCCGGUGAUCUCCUCCUCCUCCUCCUCCUCUCCUUCCACACGGAAUGUCCGUAUCUCUGAUCAUCCCCGUCACGUCUUCCACGAAAAGCUCCUCUGCUAAGCCCAAGCGAAGCAACCCUUCUCUCUCUCUCGCUCGCCGCAAGUUAUUCGAUCCUUCAACGUGAAAUUCAUUCCCGGAUUGAAGCGGAAGGUAACAAUUAGCUGCUGAUCGAGCCCGAUUUGGCCCAGAUUUAUUCGAGGUUCCUGUGGCCGGACCGUCGCCGUGGGCGUGGACUCUUCCUGUGAAAUGUGCCGGAAUUUCUUCUCCGGGAACGCCUGUUUCGGGAAUCUCUGAGCGGCUUUGCGGUUUUUCGCUUCUUUUUUGCUGCUUGUUGCGUUCUGUUCCUUGCUCUGGAAUUUUUGUGUAAAUAGCUGUUUUUGGGAGUCGGAGAGGCGCAAUUGUCUGCACAUGCAAAGGAUCGGAGCAAUCCAUCCGUUUUUCGAGACCUGAGUAAGUGCCUCCCACUGUUUGGAUUCGAAUCGCGCGGCCUCCGAGGCGUCGGUGAAAAUGGAGGAGGACUGUUGACGAGGGAGUGUAGGGACUGGGAAUUUUGGAGCUCGUGCGGUAGAGAAAGAGGAAGAGGAAUCGGCGACGAGAGGAGCAUCGAUCCGUCGCCGCCGGAGCCAUGCCGCCGAAAAUCCAACCCAUCGACAUUGAUUAUGGAGUUCAUCUCGGUCGCGAGCCUGUGGCUCGGGCCGACGCCGGGAAGCCGGUCCUGAAGUCGCGCCUCAGGAGGCUGUUCGACCGGCAGUUCCCGGGCGUCCUGAGGAUUUCGUCGUCGGAGAAGGUGACCGGCGGGGAAGCUCCCCCGCAGUGCGGCAAGGAUGGAGGGGGGGGGGGGGGCGGGGCGGUCGAGUUCGAGCCGAGCUCCGUCUGCCUGGCGAAGAUGGUGCAGAACUUCAUCGAGGAGAGCAACGAGAAGCAACCGGUGGCCAAGUGCGGCCGCAACCGCUGCAAUUGCUUCAACGGCAACAACAACGACAGCUCCGACGACGAAUUGGACAUGUUCGACGGCUUCGCCGAGUCGGUGACCAACGGAUCGUCCGGCGACUCCUCGGAUGCUCUCAAGGGAUUGAUUCCGUGCAGCAGCGUUUCGGAGAGAAACCUCUUGGCGGACACUGCGAAGAUCGUGGAGAAGAACAAGAACGUCAAGCGCAAGGACGACCUGAGGAAGAUCGUCGUGGAGAAUCUAUCCUCCCUCGGCUACGAUUCUUCCAUCUGCAAAUCGAAAUGGGAUAAAACUUCCUCUUUCCCUGCUGGCGAGUACGAGUACAUCGAUGCGAUCGUCGAAGGGGAGAGGCUGCUGAUCGACGUCGACUUCAGAUCGGAGUUCGAGAUAGCUCGAUCGACUGGGACCUACAGAGCGAUCCUCCAGCUGCUGCCGUACAUCUUCGUCGGCAAGGCGGAGCGUCUCGGCCAGAUCGUCGCCUUCGUGUCGGAGGCGGCGAGGCAGAGCCUGAAGAAGAAAGGCAUGCACGUUGCUCCGUGGCGGAAGGCCGAGUACAUGCGGGCCAGGUGGCUGAGCCCCUACACAAGAGCCUCCAAGGCCGACCCCAACGCCGACCCCGACGCCGCCCCCGCCGAUGCCUCCGGCGACGCCGAUCCGGAGAAGACCGGAGGCGAGAAGGAGAGCGAGGAGUACGGCGAAUUCGAGCUGAUAUUCGGCGUGGAGGAACCCCCGCCGCCGCCGUCGCCGGAGUCGCCGUCGUCGCCGGAGGAGGGAUCGGGGCCGUCGACCGGAGGUUCCGCGACGGGAGAGUGGCGGCCGCCGGCGUUGAGGCCGAAGAGCGUCGAGAUGAUGGGAGGAGGUCCCAAGGUGGUCACCGGACUGGCCUCCCUUCUCAAGGAGAAACCCUAACCAAUUUUGGCAAUUUUCUUUUUUAACCCUCCAUCCUUUUUUUUCUCCUCCAUCGCCCAAUUUUCUCCGGCUAAAAAAAUAUAUAUAUCCAUAAUAUGCAAGAUGGAAAAUGAAAAUAUAAAUAUGUGUCGAAUCGAGGAAUAUAUAUAUCCGAGGUUAAACUUUAAAUUCGUCGAGCUCAGUAAUUUUCUCUGGUUUACGCUUGUCCUAUAUAAACGAAGGAUAACAAUGAAAAAUAUAAAAUAUAAUUUUUUUU